CCAAAUUCAGCACGAUUUUUUACUGAAUGGAAAAACGGUGUACUGUAUACUGAAUUAGUGAUAGCGACUAUGUUUACUUUCUUGUAUCUCGCUGUGUAUAUCCAUUUCGUCGUUUAAUGCCUUCCAAGGGGAUCUUUUGGGUAAAUCGACGGACCCGCACACAGAUGAGGAACGCCUCCACUCCAGUCAGUAAAAAAUGGCUAUAACAUACAGCUGUAUAUCUAGGGGGACUACAAUCCUCUGCAGCCAUCAGACUGGCGCUGGUUCCUUUGAGAAAUUGGUCCAGUCAGUUCUAUCAAAUAUUCCUACACGGAAUGAUGGCAAAACAACAUACCAAUCAGAGAGUUAUUCAUUCCACUGUGUGAUUGAAAAUGGUAUGAUUUAUUUGUGUGCUGCAAAUGUAGAUUUUGGAAAAAAGCAACCAUAUGCAUUCCUUGCUGAGAUCAAGCGAAAGUUCCAGAGUGGCACACUUGCAAUGAAGGCUGUGAGUGCUGGAUCGCAUGAGCUGGACAGCGAGUUUGGAUUCGUCAUGGCCCAGGAUAUGGAAAAGUUCUCCAAACCAGGUGCAGGGGAUCAUGUUACUGCUUUAAGGUCUCAAGUGGAUGAUGUCAAAAAUGUUAUGACACAAAACAUUGAACGAGUUUUAGACAGAGGGGAAAGGCUAGAAAAUCUAAUUGACAAAACAGAGGAGCUGGAGGCCAGUUCAUCACAGUUCCAGAAGACUGCCAAAAAAAUUCGUAAGAAAUACUGGUGGAAGAACACGAAGAUGAUGAUUAUCGUUGGCAUAGUGGUGACUGUUGUCCUCAUUGUUGUCGUAAUGUUAAUCCUUUAUGGAUCAGGUGUGUUUAAAAAAGAUGAUUCAAAGGACACAUCAAAUACUAAAACAACUGUUAGUAUACAUUGAAUUUGACACAAUCUGACUAUGAUUCCUGUGAAAUAUGUUGGCUGUGAAUGUAGUAUUGAAAAGUAAUAAAGUCUAGACAGAAUAUA